AUGGCUGAAAACUUUCUUUCCGUGGAUGAAAGGAGACAAAAAUCUGUAACCAAGUUAAUCGAUUCAGAAAUCUUGAGAAAAGCCCAAGAAAAUCAUGCAAAAUUAAUUCCUAUUAUUGAAACAAUAAUAUUUCGUGGUCGUCAAGAAAUUGCACUUAAAGGUUCGGAUGAAGUCGGUCCAGUCUUACACAACAAUGUCAAUGUUAAUGAUGGAAAUUUCAGGGCUUUGUUGAGAUUUCGUGUUUUAUCCGGGGAUAUAAUUUUUGAAAAUCAUCUAAACUCAAGUGCUGGAAACGCUUUGUAUACAAGCCCGGCUAUACAGAACUCGAUUAUACAUAUCUGUGGUGAACUAAUGCAAGAACAAUUAGUAAAAAAGAUUAAUUCGGCCUGCUCAUUUAGCCUCCUUGCCGAUGAGACAACUGAUAUGCUUAAAUCCGGCCAUAAAUCUGGCCACCAAAUCCGGCCAGGGCCGGAUUUGAAAAAAAAGCCGGAUUUUGGCCGAAGCCGGGGCCAAACUUCGGUGUAUCCCUAA